CGUCCACUGCCUUCUCAGACAUCAUCUAAAGACACCAUCUGUCAGAUUUUGAAUAAAGAAAAUGGACAUCUUAUAUGUUGUCCUGCUCUUGUUUUCAGUCCAGUGGUCCUGGGCUCAGGAAGACCCUCUUCUGCCUUUCUCUGAACACCUGGACCCCGAGCACAAUGUGCGACUGAAGUGGGGAUUUGAUGAGAUCCAGGGCACCAUCUUGUUUGAGCUCACGGUCAACACCAGCGGCUGGGUCGGUUUUGGCUUCAGCCCCAAAGGAGGAAUGACUGGAGCCGAUAUGGUCAUUGGAGGAGUUGGACCUAAAGGCACUUACUUCACGGAUCGUCAUGCUGUGGGGAAUUCAAUACCAGUGAUUGACCAGAAACAGAACUACAUACUCUUGUCUCUGAACGAGUCUAAUGGGAGAACAGUCAUGAAGUUUCAGAGGUCCAUCGAGGCUUGUGAUGAAAAUGAUUUAACCAUCACUGAUCUCCCCAUGAAGCUGAUCUAUGCGUACGGACAGACUGAUGACAUUAUGUACCACAGUAAUCGAAGAGGCACGAAGGAAGUGAACCUGUUGAAGUACAUGCCUCGUGUCAACCCUCCAAACAGCAAGUAUUUCGACAUGACUAUGGUCAAUUUUACUAUACCAACCAAUCAAACCCACUAUCACUGCAAGAUCAUGAAAGCCCCGAAGUUUGAUCUCAAACAGCACAUUUAUCGCAUUGAGCCGGUGAUCACAAACUUUGACCUUGUGCAUCAUCUGCUGAUGUACCGCUGCCCUCCGACUGUGACAGAGCCGCUUGAGGCGGAAUGCUACACAUCUUUCAAAACCAACCUGUGUAUGGAGACUGUUGCGGUGUGGGGAGUUGGUGGAGCGGCUUUUGAAUUUCCAGAGGUGGCAGGACUUCCAAUUGGAGGAAAUGUUGGUGAUUUUCUCUACAGGCUUGAAGUGCAUUACAACAACCCCAAUAAAACUGCAGGUCGAGUUGAUAACUCAGGUCUGCGAUUCUAUUACACAUCUGAACUCCGUCAGCAUGAUGCAGCUGUUUUGGGGACAGGGCUUGUAGUGUCUUCUGGGUACGCCAUCCCACCCAAAGCCAAAUCCUUCCUCACGUACGGCCUGUGUGACACUGCUUAUAUUUCACAGGUUCUGGAGAAGCCACAAGAUCUUCAGGUGUUCUCUGUGAUGCUGCACACACACUUAGCUGGGCGGAAGGUGCGAGUCGGACACUUCAGAGGGGAAAAACAGAUUGAUUUCUUAGCUGUGGAUGAAAACUACGAUUUUGAAUACCAGGAUGUGACAAACUUGGGCAAAACUAAGACAGUGAAGUUGGGUGACAAAUUGCUGGUGGAGUGCACUUAUAACACUGAAAACCGCAGCGCACUCACAUGGGGGGGGCUGUCCACUUCAGAUGAAAUGUGUUUGGCCUUCCUCUUCUACUAUCCAGCUAUGAAUCUGAGCGGCUGUAUGAGCUUCCCCAAUACAACUACUUUAAGAGCUGAAAUGGGAACGCCAAAUCUAAAUAACUGGCUCAGUAUGAUGUCUACGAAGCCUUGGAAUGACACGUCUAUCAAUCAAUACCAGCAAACGCUGAAGAAAAUUGACCAGCUUGUCGUAAUUGCUGAUUCAUUUAAAAACAUAUCAUGCAACAUAGGGUUGAUUCCUAAUCUCAGUGUCAUCCCGUCUGCACCCUGCAUGAGUGGUUGUGACACCAGAAGUCUUGCUUUGCCGUUGCUGCUUUUCUGUUUAGCAGUGCAGUUCAUGCAAAAAUACUACUGAUGUAACCUGCUGUUCUGUUUAUGUUGAAGAUUAUAAAUCAAUCAAUCUAGAUUAGGAGCUCCUGGCAGCUCCACCCUCACAGGUAUAAUAGUUUCGAUAACCAAAAAUCCUACAAAAUAUAUGCUACUGUAUUAACAAAUCAUAUAAGGGAAAUCAGGUUUUACAUGCUCCUGAAAAUAUCAAGGAAUGUCAAAAGUGCAAUUUAAGGAUCUCCAAUAAUGAGAUGUAAUAUAAUAAUAAUAAUAAUAAUAAUAAUUUAUUUGUAUAGCACUUUUCAUACAUAGAAUCCAACUCAAAGUGCUUCACAGGCAAAAAACUAAACAAAAAAACAUCAGCAUGGUACAAAUGAUUCAACAAAUAUAAACAAAACAUAAUAAAAUAUAAUAGAAAAUUACAAAAAUUAAAGACAACAAAGAAAAAAAGAAAAAUAAUAAAAAUAAAUAAAAAAUACACACACCUCACACUAUUAUGCGCGUAGGCAACUUUAAAAAGCUAUGUUUUAACACGUUUUUUAAAAAUAUGAAUACUAGUGGACUCUCUUACUUCGUUUGGAAGACAAUUCCAAAUAUUUGGAGCAUAGUGACUAAAAGAAGUACCACCAGAUCGCUUAAGAUUUACUGUGUAAUAUGCUAAAAAUCCAGCACUAGAAGAUCGUAACAUUCGUUUAGGAUUAUAUCUUAACAGACAAUCAGAGAUAUAAGAAGGUGCAAGAUUAUGCAAUGCUUUAUAAACUAAAAUAUGAAUCUUAAAAUCAAUCCUUUGGUGCACUGGUAACCAAUGUAAUUCCAAUAAAACCGGUGUGAUAUGUUCCCGUUUCUUCAAUUUCAUUAAUACUCUAGCUGCUGCAUUUUGUAUCAAUCGCAGCUUAACUACAAAACCCUUAGGUAAACCAGUAUACACAGCAUUGCAAUAAUCUAGUCGAGAGAAUAUAAAUGCAUGAAUUAGUUUCUUAGCAUCAUCGAGAGAUAAAAACGGACGAAUCUUGGCAGUGUUUCUUAGAUGAUAGAAACAUGUUUUUGUAACUUGGUUAAUAUGAGACUUAAAACUCAGAUCACAGUCCAAAAUGACACUCAGGUUCUUUACCUCUUUCUUACAUUGUAUAGCUAAGAAACUCAAUUCAGCUUCAAUCCUCUCCCGCUCAGGUUUUUUACCCACAAUAAGAAUCUCAGUUUUAUCUUUGUUCAGUUUUGGACAAAUUUGUUAUUACAGCAGUGUCUUUCGGCUCAACUGAUAUAUAUAUAACUGUAUGUCAUAUGUAUGUACAUAGCAUGUAUUUACAAAUUAAUCUAUGCAAUUAACAUACAUUUAAACUUAAAAUUAUUUUUCAAUGAUAAAGCCAAAACAAUGAUAUUUUUCAUUUUUACUGUUGAUUUUGUGUUUAAUUGUUGUUUUAUAAUAAUUAUUUUUCAAAAGUGUAUUACAAAUAUUUAAUGGCUUAAAAGUUAUAAAACUUAAAACAAUUUAGUGGCUUGGUUUUACCAUUUAUAACAUGUUUUCAAUGUCUGAAUUA